AUGCCCCAUUCUUCCAACGCCGCCGAAGAAGAUGCAGUAAAGAGGAAAAAAUCCGAGGAAAAUGGUAAGACGACGAUCCUGUACAAGAUGAAGCUGAACGAGAGCGUGUGCACCAUCCCCACCAUCGGCUUCAACGUGGAAACCGUCAGCCCGGUGAACGGUGUGACGUUCACCGUGUGGGACGUGGGGGGUCAGGAGAAGAUCCGACAGCUGUGGAAACACUACUACCUCAACACACAAGGUCUGAUCUACGUGGUGGACAGCGCAGAUCGUCUGCGCAUGAAGGAAGCCAGGUCGGAGCUCCAUGGGAUCUGCAGUUCGCCGGAGAUGGCGGGGGUGCCGGUAGUGGUGAUAGCUAACAAGCAGGAUUUGCCAGGUGCCCUCAAGCCCUCUGAGGUUGUCGAGGAACUUGACAUGGGUGACCUCAAAAACCGGAAAUGGUACAUACACGGCGCAUGCGCACCAAAUGGAGAAGGAUUGUUAGAGUCGGUUCAGGAAAUGUCACGACUUGUGAAAGACUAUCAAAAGAGUGGUCGAUGAUGAAUGUGGUCGCUCCACAAUGUCAAAUAUAGCAAAGCAAUCCAAACUUCACAGUGGACAAGUAUAUGACCUAUGAAGGGAUCAACUCUGCCGGGAUCUGGGACAGAAGAUGAAGUCCAUAGCUCUACCGGGGUCACUCUGGAUGUUGAUCAUCCUGUAUGUAACUUCCUGUGACGGACAAACUUGAUAUAGUUGUUCAGGGUUCACUCAAGUGUGGCUGUGUGAAUUUCAAAAUUACGUUAAUAUUGAAAUCAACUUCAUGUGAGUGAGUGAGUGUUGUGUUAUGCCGCAUGUGCAACUAUUGGCCACGAGCUGUGACUGACUGCAGACUGUGAUACGUUAGGCACGCCAAGUUUGAAUAAUUCACCCGAAUGACUUUACGUACUUUCACAGAUUUAUUAUGAUUUUGUUGUUUAUUUGUAAACAUUACGUCAAUAUUUGUUUAUUUUUUCUUCAUAAUAAACAUGUUUUUACACC